UCWGACAGUGAGGUAGCUGCGCGUCCGUAAGGCGCGUAUCUUCGUAUUCAAAAAAUGGAAAAGCCUCCCAGAAUGRGAUAGUGCGCGAAUGUGAGUGAAAAUGAAGUGUUAGUGAAAAUGCCGUUCGUGCAGCGAGUUGUCGAGCCGAAAUAUUUGAGUCGGACGAGUCUUUGGGACGAAGAGGGUAAACCUCUGGUUUCCGAUGAUGAACUGGAGGCCGUCACCAACAACACCCUGAGCAAUGCCUUGCGGCAACUCGCCUCCUUGGUGCUGAUCGCCGAUGACAUCUUCGCCGAAUUGGGCACUCAGCUCAAGGAGAUCAACAAGAGGUCCGAGGGUUUGAAGGCUAGGAUUGAGGCUGUGGAGGGAAAGGUGUCGGCGUUUGAUCCCAAGAAGGUUACAGUUCCUGAAAGUGAUAUUUGCACUUUCGCUCUCCUCAAAAACCACUAUGCUGCCAAAUGCAACCCCGAGACGAAUCUCUUCACUGCCGACACGCGUCCUCAAGCCCUGCAAAGUCUUUAUGAGGCCGCCACCAAGACUCCAGUGCAUCUCAUGCGCCAGUUGGAUAGAUGGCGUCGCGACGGGCAUCGUUCUUCACGGUUCUUCCUGUGUACGCCAGUAUUGGGGAACAAGAGACGGAAGAUCAGGAAUAAAGUGGACAUUGACAUUGAGACUCGCAUGCCUGCUGCCGUCCAAGAGUUACGCAGAUGGACCUCAAGCGAAGCUCUCGGUGACAUAACAGUAACUCCUGAUUGUCCUAAUCGAAUUGCACCCAAUUUCACUCUAACGGACGGUGAAGCAACGGAUGGAACUGCAGUUUCAGACGACGAAGGCAUUGACCAUAAGCUGCCGUCGCCCGAGGAACAACUUCAAGUAGUCGCACUCAAGUUUCCUGCUGAAAUCGUCGCAGUGGAUGUUUCAGGGAGGAGCUUCGAUCGCAUGUCGAUACAGAGAAGGUCGCUGCUACAUUCUGACGCUAACGGGAAAGUGGAAGAUCCCAGUUUAAAAAGAAGGACGAGAACUAGGAGACCGAGGAGUAGGAGAAGGAAUACGCUUGCAGGAACCGACCAAAAGGAGAUUAGAGACGCAUUGACUGCUGGGGAGGAGCCAUGCUCUUCAGCUAAUAAUCAUGAGACUGAAUCCACGACUAUCGGUGCUGUAAGUCGCAGUAAAAGCAGCGACCUUUUACGUUCGUCAAACAAAAAAGACUCCCRCGACAAAAAAUCACACUUUAACACUCUCAAGCAAUGGGGCAAGAACCGCUACGACCGCUUCAUGAACAAGAGUUCCGAAUCAAAAUCGGAAAAGAAAGACGACAUCGACGACUUCAACAUUUACGAAACAGUAACAAUGAAACGCAAACGCAACAUCGACAAAGACCGCCGCUCACACGAACGCAACCCUUCGAUAUCCUCAUCGGAAAAAUCCAGCGUCAAUCUCCCCAUCUCGAGUCCUCUAUCCUCAGUCAUGAACAUCGCCGUGAAACUACGCGAGAGUUCGAAGCGAAGAUCCGGCGGCACCAAAGACGAACCUCCGCAUUCCUCAAGCGGAAACUGGAGCGCAAGCUCGGAAAGCGGAAGAGCUUCCAUUGGUUCCGAGUUCACAAGCACCACUCAACCCAAAUCUACCACAUCCGCCGCAACAUCAAACAACUCUCUGAACCAACAAGCACCCAAUUCGGCCAAUAGCAGACGACGGUUUGUUAUAAACACCUCAACUUCGAGCAGUAUUACCAGCGAAGGCACUCUCACACCUGACAUUAUCCACGAUCUGCACGAAGACGGCGAAACCAGCUCGGUGUACUCGUGCGACACGGAAGGCUACUACACGUCCUUCCACAUGGACAGCGGACUCAAAACCCUCAAAGAGGAAGACCUGCCAUGCACUCCUCUACAUUCCACAAACACCACAAUGACGGCGGAAAACGAAUAUGAGCUCUUCGGUAAAGGCUCCACUUCUACCACCACCAGCUCGGCGGGCACAGUCUGCACGACUUUGCGUGCCUCUGAGAGUCCCGCGGUUCCCGAAAGGAAGAGUUCCUUAUCGAAAAAUAACACGUCUGAAGGUGACGAAAGUAGCGACAAAACCGGAACCGUGAAACGAAGUCCGGCAAACAAGGCAAGUGUUGUCCACGGAGACGUGUCACCCGACAGUGGACAUAACACCUCUAGUUCACCAAUUGAGUCAAUCAGUAGCCCCAAUGGGGUCAGGAGUGGAUCAGAAUUCGAGUUUUCCGAAUCUUCCGACAUGGAAGGUCCCGAAAGAAUCGAAAGAAUCCGCAUCAAAACUACUAUUAACUCGAGUAGAAUACCUUCAAUGUGUGUGAUUACACCGCCGCAUAGCGACGAUGAAAGUAUCAAAAGUUACAAUUUGAAUAAUUUCAACAAACGGAACAAGUUAGAUUUAAAUUUGAAAAGCUGCGAUGAUGUGAAUUUGUUGAAAUCGAGCGACUCAGAUAAAGAGAAUUUUACAAUCCAUAGUCGUGUUAUUAAUGGAAAUAAGAUGCAAGUUAUUAAUGUUAAUCCUCAAUCGGGUUAUGCCACCGUUGAAAUGGUUGAUGCCAAUGAAAAUAUAGAUGUCAAUAAAAGUACAAAAGUUUUAAGAGCACCCUCACCUAGUGGGGGUACUGUUAUUGUCAAUGAAACACCAGGGAAAUCACCUCCGACACAACCAAUAAUCAAAGCGACUCUUCUUCCACUUAAUAACAUGUUUGGGAGAAUUAAAACCAACUUGGUUAACUUGACACGACGAGAUAGCAAGUCGCCAAAUCGACAUAAUCAAGCAAUUAGUGACGAAUUGGGUGAUUCAGGCGAAUAUGUAACACUUGCUGAUGUUAAAAAUAACAAUGAGAAGAUUUUGCCGUCUCCUGAAACAGUUUACGCUAACGAUAUAGUCCGGAAAAGAUUGAAAUUUGGGGAGAAGAAAAAAGACACUGAAUAUGUGUCUCUUGACGACCUCCCUCGUAAUGAGGAUCAAACCGCCGCUUCCCCGGACCCCACAACCGACUCUCUUGAGAGAAAGCGACGUCAAGGUGCACGUGUAACUCUAGACGCGGAGGGUAAAGUGGUGUACAGUUCGGACAGUUUGAGGCGGCGGAAAGGGGCCCAUACAACAUUCGAGCCCGGGCCAUUCGUAAAAACCACUAGUCCCUCUCAAAGCCCACUUCCGGUGCACCGGAUCCCCAAAGACUCUCACUCGCCCCAAUUGGGCAAGUUGGUGAUCCGCGCCGUGUCGGGAAUGACCUCGCCGACUACUGAAUUCGUCCGGAUUCCCCCAUCGACCAUCGUGGCCCCCAGUUUGCGCCCCACGUCUCCGAAAGCGGCCCGCGGCGCUUACGUCCACAUGCAAGACACUCACGACAAAGACCGAGUACCUUCACCAUCUAGUUAUCCAGCGCAACAAUUCACGGAGAUGUGCUACAAAGGAACAAUUUUGGACGAAAAUGUGGACAAAAGGAGUCAAUAUUAUUUCCAGAAAGGUAAUCCCACCUACCAAACCCUUCCAUCGAAGAGAACGCAAUUUUUCCAAUCGGAGAUGAACCCCGAAAGAUCUGUCACUCCAGACAUUACUAGAGGGUUAGAACGCAACCCGAAAAACACCCACAAUUUAUAUUCUCGCCACGACCAAAAUUUGCUACACCAAAAACUGGGAAUUCCAGUCAAAAUUCCCGAUGUUAGCAACUUCAAAUUACCACAGAAAGUGCCUUUAUCUCGACCUAUUGACAAUUAUCAAGAGAAGCCUAAUUCGUAUUUCGCACACAUAUCACCCCACAAAACCCCCGAAGAUACAACCGAUUCCAUCAAGGUUUCGCCAAUCGAUCCUCGAAAUUCUGCAAGUUUCCAAUCUUCAACACCAUUCAAGUCUCAAGACUUGAAAGCUGCAGCCAAUCUAGAAAACAAGCUUCUUUCGCCCAAAAAAUCAACAAUGAGUAACGAGGAACUCUACGCUGUGAUCCACAAACACAAGAAGAAGAUGAACAUAAACACGGAGGAAAAUCGGGCGUCUCCUGUGAACAAAGAAGCUGCAACUCCGGUCAAAUCACCCGAAACGGGAUAUAUCGGAGACAAAUCGCGGGCUAGACUCAGUUGGUCGCCCUCCAAAGGCGAAUACGUUGAUUUUAACUCGGAUAUUGACAAAUUAUCGCCCCCGAAUGAGUCGCGAUCAAGGCAGAGUUGGGCUUGCAGCGACCGGAAAGGCACAAGUCAAACAUCACGACUUGAUUUCAAGAAAUUGCUCUUACAGAAGAGUAAUGUGCUCACGAGUAACACCAAAAAAGUUUCAGCUGUUGAACAACUGAAACUGUCGAGACAACAAAUCCAAAAAUCGACACAACCCCCUCCUAUGAGUAUUCUCGAAUUGAGUGGGUCCCCGAGGAGUCUUGUUAAUCGGAAAUUCGCGAAUAGUGGGCAAGGUUCCCCACGAAGUACCCCCGAAAAGCCGAAACCAGCACCGAAGUUGAUGUCCCCACGGUCGCAGUGGAGAUUCGCUAAUCCUAGAACUGAUGUUCUCUCUUCUACAAUACUGGAAGAUUGUAGAGAAGACGAGAGCCCGAAUAAUUCCAUGGAGAAGAAGAAAUCUUCACCGGCUACCAGUGGGGCACCACAAACGUAUUCGUCCAUAUCUCAGAAGAUUCAAGCUCAAAGAGCACAGUUUUUCACUUCCGAUGUUCCGAAGUCUUUGGGAAGUGGUCAAUAUGAGGAUCAGCAAAGUAAAGAUAAAUGCUCAAUGCCGCCCACAUUAGAAACGGCAUUUUAAUAUUUGAUUAUUUAUUUUUUUGUAUUUCCUCAACAUUUUCUUGUCUUAAUUUAUUUAUCACUGUCUAGUCGACACGCCAUUAGGCACACACUUUUAUAUUAUUUUUAUUUACAUCAGAUUUAAUUUCGUACUGUACAAAUUUUUCUUGUAGAUAAAACGUAAUUUGUGCGGCUUUCAAUGAAGCUUUGUUAAUUCAUUGACAUAAAUUAUUAUAAAUUUUAAUAUAUUGGAUUUGUAAAUAAAAGUUUUCUUUUCGUA